AUGUUGCGAUUACUACGAACAAAACCGGCGCAGUUCCGACCUGCCCUUUUCCAACGUUUCCGCAUCAGCAGUACUCGCCCCGAACCAUCACAAAUACAGUUUCAAAGAGUGAAAGUGAGAAGGAAGUGGUUUCGGCCCGCCGCCUUCUUUGGCGCCGCGAUUAUCUACUAUGCUUGCUAUGAGAUUUACACAACAUCGGUUUUUGCCGUGAUAGGGCAAUGGCUAGAGGGGGAGAUUUCUAAAAUGUCGCCCAAGGAACGGAAAAAGCUGGAAAAGGAACUCGAGGAGACCGACCCGGCCAUUUACAUUCCGCUUCCCGGAACCAUCGAGACCGUAGCCUCGCCUCCGUACAAAGGAACGGACCCCGAAUGGAAAGCUUUUGCCAAGUUGAGCAGAGAUCAAAAGAAGAUUGCCAGCAUCAAGGCUACGCUUGCCGAAUUCUCCAAGAAGGCUAUUGAGAACAACCCACAGAUUAGUCUACAAUUCGGCAAAGAGUGGAGGAUCACACGCGCUUGGUUGGAUGUCACAUAUCCCCUAAGGCCGCCACCGACCUUCCAAAGACAAGUGAUAUGCUGGGACGAUGACGGUCUGUCAGUUGUGACUCAGCCAGUCGAUUCCGAUGUCGCGUUCAAGCUGCAACGGACGCUCAUGCCAACUGCCAUGACAUUAUCCAUGUGGAGCUUUAGCACGACCUUGGCUCAACAUCAUUACAGCUCAGUCGCCAGAUACUUUGGAUUCCAGCCGAAAGACGAGCAGGAGCAGAGUGUUCAACAGGUACUUGACAGAAUGAGGCAGCACAUUGUUAAGGGAACACCGCCCAAAGCCUCGGGUAUGACUUCAGAUCCGACUACGCUGAGUCCCAAGCCGGCAGAGUCAAAAGACGAAAAAGCAGUGAGUCCGACAAGGCGGCAGACUGCUGAUGGGUCGCCCACAGAUGACUCAACUACAUCCCAAACGUCGGAAGAUGCGCCGCCGGACAGCUCUCCAGGAAGUAGAUUUCCAGGGGCGGUCAGCCCCUUCUCCAAGUCGCAAGAGACCCCAGAGAAGAGGCCUAGCGCCAAAGAUAUUCACGGCGUCAAAGAAGUCUCAGGACAUACCGUUGGCGCAUGGCAGGCUCUCAGGCAGAAAUGGAAGCAGGUCUGGAAACCUAAGCGUCCUUAUCCGCCACGUGGUUCUGUUCACUUCAAUGGUCUGGUCGAAGUUGCAAGUCCAAAGGCUUCACUUGUCAUAGAUGUUUCAGCGUGGUUUGACCCGAAAACCAAUUCGAUUGACGGCAAGACAUUAUCAUUGGCUUUAAGAGCAAUCAGACCUCGGCAGAUGGCCCCAGCAGCAAGAUGA